AUGCAUGUGAAUGAAUUGGGCGAAUUUGAUCCUCUACUUCGUCAGGUUCUCACUCGAAGCCCCACCGGAGAGCUUGAUGGACAGACGAUUUCCUCCUUUGAGACUACAAGGGGAGUAUAUGAUCCCGACGAUGACUACUACAAAAAGCCUUCCCUCUAUGUAGUCAUGACGGAGGAACAGAGGCGGACGAGUAAGGCUGUUAAGGAGAGGUGA